AGCUAUUGCAAAUAUAUAUUCAAUGUCUGCCAUUGCUAUCAAGCCCUCACUACUUAGAGCUGCCAAGACAUCAGCUCCACGCUUUUCUAGAGCUGCCUGGUUGGCUGCUGGUUUGGUUGGUACUGCUGGUACAGCCACUUACUUGUACAGCAAUUCCAACAACUCCAACUCUAACAAUUCCAACAAUGCCGGCAAAAAGUUGUCCACCUUGAUGGCUGGAGUUCUCGGCGCUAAUGUUGCUACUGUUCCUCAAGGAAAGACAUUGAAGGACUACCAAGAAGUCUACAACGACAUCGCUGCUAAGAUUGAAGAGAACCUCGACUACGAUGGUGGUGCUGGUUUCUACGGUCAAUUGGUCAGAUUGGCAUGGCAUUCGUCUGGUACCUACGAUAAGAACACCAAGACUGGUGGUUCUUACUAUGGUACAAUGAUUUUCUACCCAGAAGCCUCCGACGGAGCAAACAACGGUUUGGCCAACGGCCGUGACUUCUUGUACGAAUUUGCUGUCAAGUAUCCAUGGAUCUCCAGAGGUGACUUAUGGACCUUGGGAGGUGUUGUUGCCGUCCAGGAAUCUGGCGGUCCAAAGAUCCCAUGGAGACCAGGUAGAGUUGACUCCUACGAAAAGAAGGACAUUCCUGAAAACGGUAACUUGCCAGAUGCCAGUCAGGACGGUAAGUAUGUGAGAAAUUACUUCAAGAGAUUGGGUUUUGGUGAUAGAGAAAUCGUUGCAUUGUUAGGUGCUCACUGUUUGGGUAAGUGCCACCCUGAAAACUCUGGUUACGACGGUCCAUGGGGUCCAUCGUUCAACAUGUUCACCAACGACUUCUUUGUUAGAUUGUUGGGCAGCUGGCAUGUGAGACAAUGGGAUGGUGAAAAGCAAUACGAAGACGACGAAACCAACUCGUUCAUGAUGUUACCUACCGAUAUUGCUUUGAAGGAAGAGUCGUACUUCUUGAAGUACGUCAAGUUGUACGCUGCUGACCAGGACUUAUUCUUUGCUGAUUUCUCAAAGGCUUUCGCUACCUUGUUGGAAUUGGGUAUUGAGUACCCAAGAGGCACCAAGCCAUUCCUCUUCAAGACUGUUGAAGAACAAGAAUAG